UUUUUCAUUCAGGUUCUUAUAUCAAACCAUGAAAAUGCUGAUGAAUUUGAAGAGAUCAUGAUUGAUAAAGGUAAUCCAAUAAUUAAGGAUAUUCAACUUGAUCAUACACAUAAAUUUGUAAUUACCGCUUCUUCCUACAAGGUUGCCAAAGUGAAAAUUGAAAGAUGUCAACAUUAUAAUAGUUGUAGUUCUUGUUUAAAUUCACACAAUCCUUAUUGUGGUUGGUGCUCAUUAGAACGCAGGUGUACUGCUCGAAGUGAUUGUGAUGAUAAUAUUAGUUGGUCCAUGACCGAAAAGAUAUUUACCUCACCCCGUUGGCUCCCAAUGGGUACACCUCAAUGUAUUGAAUUUGAAGAGAUUCGUCCAAACUCAUUACCUUUAACCGCAAUGUCCACUGUUGAAUUAUAUAUCACUCAGCUUCCACCUUCGCCUUUCCAUUCCUCUUAUUUAUGCCUUUUCGGUGACCAAAGUAGGCCUUUACCCGCUCGACAAACUCACACUGGCCUUUCGUGUCGAACUCCAGCCUUGGACGAAAGGCCGCAAUUACCUCUGGGAAAAGAUCAUGUCUCGGUGAAUCUUUCAGUUCGAAGUACAGUAACUCAAAAAGAUUUCAUAUCGAAACCUUUUGUUUUCUAUGAGUGUUCAGUUCACAAAACAUGUCGAUCAUGUGUCAAAGCAAAGUGGCCUUGUAAUUGGUGUAUCCAAGAUAAUAUAUGUACACAUAAUAGUAGUUUCUGUUCAGGUCAUCAUGUACUGUCCAGUGAGAAUCUUUCAAUUGGCUCUUCAUCAUCUUCCCCAUCUGAUCCUGCCUCUGAAUAUUGUCCAAGUUUCCGAAUCGAUCGUGAAAUUUUAAUUCCAAACGGUGCUAAACGUGAGAUAACCAUUCAUGUUCAGAACUUUGGUAAUCCAAUGGCUGAUCUUGAAUGUAUCAUUGAAAUUGAAGGAGCUCGAGCUCGGAUUCCAGCUCGAUUGAAAGGAGACAAGAUAAUCUGUUCAUCUAACAUGUAUACAUAUCAAAGUGAUGCUGGUAAAAUUUACGCACAAUUAUCAGUCCUUUGGGAUGGAGAUACUUUGAUUGAUAAAACAAAUGUUACCUUAUAUAAAUGUGAUCAUUUAGGAAGUCAUCAGGCUAAGCCUGAUUGUUCAUUGUGCCAAACAACUGAGAGGAAAUAUCAAUGUGUCUGGUGUUCUGGUUCAUGUUCAUUUGUUGAUGCUUGCUCAGAACCUCCAGCACCCUCAUGUCCACCUCCAAGAAUAGACCUGAUUUAUCCUCUUUCUGGUCCAAUUGAGGGUGGAACUUUAAUCACAAUUAAAGGUUCCAAUUUAGGAUCAAGUGUAGAUGAGAUUAAAGACAAAGUCGCCAUCGGAGGUAUACCAUGUACUCCAGUUGAAUAUAAUGUAUCAGUAAGGGUUGUCUGUCGUACUGGACCCUCUCCAACUGGACCUUAUUCAGCAAAUAUUGUUGUAGGCAAUCGAGCAGGAGUAACUCGAGCAAGUGAAAACUUUGUUUACAAGGCUGUCCAAUUAAUUGAUGUUAAUCCAAAGUAUGGACCUCAAUCCGGUGGAACUCACCUUUACCUGGAUGGAUUUAAUUUCAACAUUGGAACGAAUAUUGAGAUUUACCUUGACAAUAUUCCUUGUGAGAUUAAAAAGUCAAUGAUUGCCAAUCGUCAGGUCACUUGUAGAACCUCAGCUUCACCGACUGCCCCUUACAAGGUUCAAAGGUUGACCCUUUUACUUGAUGGCUCGAAUAUCACUUUACCUCGGCCUUAUAUUUAUGGUAAAGAUCCGAUUAUCCAUUCAAUUGGUCCAAACAAGAGCUACAUUUCGGGUGGUCGAUUGAUUUGGGUCAAUGGUUAUCAUUUUUCGUAUAUUGUUCAACCUCGAUUGAUAGUUAAACAUUUAUCAAAGAUUAUUGGAAGGUCUAAUUGUAUUCCGGUCAAUGAUACACUCAUCAAAUGUCCAACUCCAUCAAUUAAAGCAUAUCUUGAAUCUUUCUCUGUCUCUCAUGGUGGUGGGUCAUCGUCCUCUGGUUCGUCCUCUGACAUUGGUCAAGAUUCCCCGUUUCACCGUCCUUCACCAGUCCACCGAGAUCUACCUCGAUCUGACCAUUUACAUGCUCGUCCACAUCUUCACAAUCUUCAUCCAUCAUCCCUGUCAACUUCAUCAUCUUCCUCUUCUUCAUAUCUCUCACCUUUUGAAAUAUCUUUCGAAAUGGAUUCAGUUGAAAGUGUGACCAAUAUUCGAGAUCAUUUUCCGUCCAUAGAUUCAUCUCUCUAUUAUCUACCUGAUCCAAUUUUUAGAUCAUUUGAAAAUGAUGGAGUUAAAUUGUACACCGGUGAAUCUUUAGUGAUCGAUGGUGACAAUUUAAGAUUGGCCGCAAUCGAAUCAGAUGUAAAUGUCACCGUUGGUAAUCGUCCAUGUAAUCUAACCUCUCUCACCAUGAAUCAAUUGGUCUGCUCACCGCCAACCGAAGGUUUUACAAUAAGCUCUUAUACCGAUCUGUUUGGUCGUUCAACGCAGACCAAUUUACCCGCGGUUGUAGUUACAAUUGGAAACAAUAUUCGUAAACAGAUUGGAUAUUUACGCUAUGACGGUAACACGUCAUAUGAAACACCCUUUAUGUUUAUCGGUUUAACAUCAAUCGCCGGUAUAAUUGUGGUCAUUUUUAGCCUCGCCUUAUUAACUUUUAUACGAAAUAAAUCAUCAAACAUUAGCAAAGAAUCUGUGGACCUGAAACCUCGUACACUUGGUCCAGCCAUUGGUCCACAUUCACUAUCGACAACAAUACCUGCUCCAAUUUACUCUGCUCGUCCACCAACAUCCCUCUCAACGGCUACAACCAUGAUCGCUGGGACAAGUUGUUCAACACGAACUCUUAAUCGGACAAACGCUGAUCAUAUUUACGAAUCGAUUGAUAAUCUACCGGCCAUUCGUUACUCGUCAAAGGUUAAUCUUGAUUAUACUUAUUUCGGUCAUCCGGCUUCCAAUUAUAUGCGACGAGUUUAACAAACAUUCAAUUAGAAAAACGGAAACGGAAACGAUGACCAUUUAACCUUCCACCUCGAUAUUGAGUAUUGAAAUUAUUUCGGAGAAUCCAGGGUAACAAAAUCAAUUUUCCAAUGAAAACUCCAAACAAUUAAAUCAAACUAAUCACCAAGAACAACCAUGAGCUUAUACUGGAUCCGCAAUUGAUGGAAAGACAAUUAAACGAUUAUUAACUUAAUUGUUUAAGGAAAAUUAAUCAUCCAAAUUUUAAUAUAUAUUUUAUAUUCGCUGCAAUUUAAUCAACUAUCUGCCUAAUAAUUUUCACCAUUGACUCUUAAUUGUAAAAAAUAAUAUCCAUCUCUUUGACUGCCUCUGUAACCUUUGUGUAUUUAAAAUGAUCAAAUUUAAUUGCUGUUUUCGGUUUCAAUGUAAACCAAAUUUGCCAAUUAUGAUCAACAGAAAAAUACAAUUGAUUGAAGAAAAUCAAUUUUGAUUUUAUACCGAUCAGAAUUCAAUAUAAUUCAUUUAAACCUGCAAUGAAUAUUUGAAUGUGUGUGUAUAUAAAUGAUUCUGAGGAUAAAAUCAAGUUUCUCACUCAGGUGAUUACAUGAAAAAGUAACUGUGAUUGUUUUAAUUUUACUAUUGUAUCAUAAUCAUCAAUCAAAUUUGUAAUUAACCAAUUUAACUUCUGUUUUUCAUUCAUAAUGUAACAUUUUUUUACGAUGAAAAACUUUGUCCUCUCGCUUCCUGAUCUCGAAUUUCUUAUAACAUGUACAUUGAGCUGAAAAAAAGUUCUAAUCGUUGGAAAUGUACCUUUUUUUUGGACACACCACGAAUUUCUGGUCAAAUUGAAUAAAAACAUUGUUCUGUUCAAUAUUUAA